GGAUAACUCCAAUAAUCAAACAUAUACUUGCAUGUGUACCCAAACCUGACAUGGAUGCCCUUCUCAAAUACAACCAAGAAAAAAAAAAAAGAAACAGCUAAAUGCUAAUGCAAUGCAAAUGAAACACCAAACACCAACUUACCAGUCAACCGACAAAACUACCGGUCUCACUUAAGAAACAGAAACUGCUAUUCCCACUCCCGUUUUAUACGCUUCCUAGGUUUCUAAAGCUAAUCUUUGUUUGACACUUCCCUGGAAACAAUAAAAAGCUCCUGGAGCUAGCCAUUUUCUUCUUCCUGUUAUCUUCUAAUAAGCUUUUGUGAAGUUCCAUUUUGUCUUCCAUUUCGCUUUCAACUGAUUAUUUUCAAUCCCCUGUUUCUCUCUUGAAGUUUUCUAUCUGUGGAACUCUCUGUUUCUGGGAAUUCUGAUCAAAGCGUUAAUGGCUAGGACGAGCAACAAGAACAUACAAGCGAAGCUGGUACUUGUUGGGGACGUGGGAACUGGGAAAACAAGCUUGGUAUUGAGAUUUGUCAAAGGACAAUUUUUUGACUUCCAGGAAUCGACAAUUGGAGCAGCCUUCUUCACUCAGGUUUUGUCACUGAAUGAAGCCACCAUAAAGUUUGAUAUAUGGGACACAGCAGGACAGGAGAGAUACCAUAGCUUGGCUCCUAUGUACUAUCGAGGUGCAGCCGCUGCUGUUGUGGUCUAUGAUAUCACAAGCUCGGACUCAUUUGAGCGAGCCAAAAAGUGGGUUCAGGAACUGCAAAGACAAGGAAAUCCAAAUCUGAUAGUGUUCUUGGUAGCAAACAAAGUUGACAUGGAAGAAAAGAGAAAAGUGGGAAACGAGGAAGGUGAGCUGUAUGCCAAAGAAAAUGGCCUGACUUUCCUUGAAACAUCUGCGAAGACUGCACAGAAUGUCAAUGAACUCUUUUAUGAAAUAGCAAAGAGGUUGGCAAAAGCUGCUCCUUCUCGGCCAACUGGAAUGAAAUUGCAUAGCAGACCGCAAGAAAGUGGAAGAAGAUUCUUCUGUUGCUCCUGAUCAUAUGAAGGCUAGUUGUAUACUUGUCACUUUGAUGAAUAUCUGAAGAUUAAGAUGCUUUCUGGCCCCUAAUUCACUUUGAUGAAUAUUUGCUGUAUGUACACUGCUCAAACAAAACAGCUUUAUUACCAAUUCCAAAUGCCCUCAUUUUGUGCAAGAGAUGAUCAUGGAACUCCAAAUGAAUAAUGGCUCAAUGCAAAGAAAUUAAUUUAACUAUUGAACUAUUAGGGUUUAUGUCCAGUAUUACUUAUGUUUCAAGCAAUAUGAGCAAAACUGAGUUAAACAAAACUGGGAGCUAUUUAUCACCUAAUUAUAUAUGAUGGCACUAGGGCCAUAGUUGUCCUGGAGAUUUCAGUUUGGCAGUCACAAUGCUUCCAUCAGUGCAUACAAAACUCCAAAAUUAGCCUUCUCGAUUGGUGAAAAUCUAUAUUGAAAUUAACAGAUUCUUUCCUGGUCAGUAUCCACGUUGGAUACGCAAAUAUAGAUCCUGGACAUGAAAGGAAAAGUAAAUAGUAUAAAACUUUGAACCUUUUGCCCUUUCCCCAUUUCCAUUCAUCAGUCAUUAUUUUCUGAAGUUGAUAAGAAUUUUUAUGAUAUGCUGGACAAGUUUGUUUUAAU